UCUUCCCCCGACAGUGCCAGAGUGCUACGCUGCAAUACAGCUGUUUACUGAUCUAUCCUCGGCAACCUUGUCUAAAAGGGAUACCUUUGGACCCAUAACCAAAGAGCUGAGAGAUGCCUACAUUCUCUACAGAUGGGGAUUUCCAACCCACUUUCUAAUUCUCCACAACGGAACGGACCACCGCAUAUUCAAACUGAAAGAAGGCCGCAAGCUGCCCUCAGAAUGGAGCAUUCCAGGGCUAUGUUCGAUCUAUACACAACUCCCAAGGCAUGGCAAAACUCUCCAACGAAAAUCACCAGAGACUGGUCUACGGUCCCAACAGCUAAGUGAUACCAAGAGUCACUCUUACUACCUAGAGGCCUAUCACUAA